GGAGUAUUACAUUAUAAAUUUUUGGAUGCCUCCUACAUGAGUGGGCUCAGAUGGCAAACACUUACUGCACCUCCUAAAAGACGACCUGAUUGUGGUUAAUUGUUUACCCAGUUAACCGUCCUUACGGUAAGAUUAAUGGUUUUAUAGAUAUAGAUGGUAUCCCAUAUCUCGUUUAACCGGUUAACUGAAAUACACUUAACCAAGGGUACCACUCCUAGUACUACGUAGAAUAUAUCACGUGAAAGGCACAGCAGAUUUGAAUUGAACGCCGAGUGAUGACGCCAAAACCGGGAAAGCCAGCGAGCGAGGAAUCGUGGCCUACUACGCCGCUCCUUUCCGUUAGAUUAUCUCUCUACUUUUUCGUGCAACGAAGUCGUGGCCCAGAGUUUGUUGAAUUUGAUUUUUGAGAGGGAAAGAAUGAAUUAAACACAGAGUGAUAAUGCUUAAAUGAACAGAACAAGGAAAGAAUGAAAGAACAAAAACGAUUACAAGCUUUAGCCUUAGGGAAUAGGCCUUCCAUUUGAUUCCUUCUCUUUCAGUAAUGUUAUCCCAAUGCAUUUCUUGUAAGUCUUCCUUCCUCAUUUCCCGAUUUCUGUUCCUUAAACUGCCCUUGUUUCUAGUACCCAAAUUUUCAGGUCAUUCAACUUCCAUUGUUUGUUCAACUACUUUUUGUUCUACUGGCGAUUUUCCAUUGACUUAAAAUGGAAGAGUUGAUUGUGACCUAAUUCAUAGCACAUGAUAAGGACAAGUUUUCCCAUUGAGAAUUGAUUUUUAAGUGUAGGUUUUCUUCACAAAAAGUAAACAACCUCUUGAAAACCCACUAUUUGAAUAUUAUCUACUUUGUGUUGGAUUGAAGAAUGGGAGACCAUUUUGUAUUACUGGUAGACCGGUUGCUCACUGAAUCCACGCUAGAAGCUGCUAUACAGUGUGGAAACUCAUUGCAGGAUCCUUCAAGCCCUUUUCGAGAUAAGAGAACUGAUUUUAGUUCCCAUAGGAUGGACUUUAAUGUAAAUUCAUCUCCAGCAGAAUUAGUACAGUGUAGGAUUUGCCAUGAGGAAGAUGAAGACUCUAACAUGGACAUACCCUGCUCUUGCCUUGGAAGCCUCAAGUAUGCUCACCAUGAAUGUGUUCAAAAGUGGUGUAAUGAGAAGGGUGACAAUAUCUGUGAAAUUUGCUGCCAGCAAUACAAGCCAAGUUAUACUGCUCCGCCGCCUGUGCUGUAUUAUGGUGGGAUCCCGUUGCACUUGAGGGGUUUCAGAGGACAUUGGGAGAUUUCAAGAGAAGAACUCAGCAAUCCUGAAUUGUCUACAAUGGUUCCUACAGAUCCCUACAAUUUUAUAGACCAACAAGAUUCAGAUGAGUAUUCAGAACAUGCUACUCAAAGCUUGAUAUGUUGUCGAUUCGUUGCUAUAAUUUUUACAGUUCUUCUGAUGUUUCGUCAUACUCUACCAAUUUUCAUCAGUGUUGUAGGAGAUGACUCUAUGCCAUUGCUUGAAGUACUUAUGCUGAGUAUUGGGAUCGUGUUGCCAAUAUACAUAAUGGUGAAGGCUUUUAUUGCAAUCAGGCACAGAAGACGACAACAUCAGGAUGUCCGAAGCAGCUCCGACAAUGCAAUGACAAACGUACCAACCCAACUGCAGCAGCCUCUGCCACAUCUCAUACAUAUUCAUUGACUACAACCAUCUUAAAAUUCUGCUUUGCCAAGUGAAUUUAAAGCCUUUGUUUGAGGCAAUGUACAUAUCUAAACGUUGUACAGACUCCUUUUUCUUUACUAGCAUUAAAGUGAACUAAUGAUAUUCUUAAUAGAAUAUUAACUUGAGGAGUCUAAUGACAUAUGCCUUUGUAUAACCACACUGCUCCAAAUACUUAGUCUCACUUCUCGAGAGUGCAGUUUUUGACAAGGGAAAAAUACGUCAUAAGAACUCCCAAAAGUAUGAUUGGGUAAUGUUUAUUUCCGGCCAUAUGAGUAAGGAGCGUAAAUUCCAAAACCAAGGGUGACCGUAACAGUUCCGACAAUGCAAUGACAAAUGAACCGCCACAACUGCGACGUUCCCUGCUACAUCUUGUACAUACUAAUUGACGGCAACCACCUUAAGAUUCUGCUUUGACAUUGAAUUUAAAGCCUUUGUUUAAGGCAAUGUAUGUAUCUAACUGUGGCACAGACUCAAAGAGGGUAUAUACCCUAUUUCCUUGCGAGCACUAAAGUGAAUUAAUGAUAUUUAUAUUUUAUAAUAUUAAAAAUUGAGGAGUGUAAUGAUACAUGUAU